UGUGGGUCGGAUCGGUGCCCGCGGCAGGAACGCACGAGUCAGCCCGAGCCGCAGCCGCAGCCCCGGUCGCGUUCCCGGUCCCGCCGCGCCAGGAGCCGCGCGAAGCCUCAGCCGCCGCCCCAACCGCCGCCCCUGCCCGCAGCCCCUCCGCGGCGGAGCGCCCGGCGCCAUGCCCAAGAAUAAAGGCAAAGGAGGUAAAAAUAGGCGACGAGGUAAGAAUGAGAAUGAAUCAGAAAAAAGAGAGCUGGUGUUCAAGGAAGACGGGCAAGAAUAUGCCCAGGUGAUCAAGAUGCUAGGCAAUGGAAGACUGGAGGCAUUAUGUUUUGAUGGUGUGAAGAGGUUAUGUCAUAUCAGAGGGAAACUAAGAAAAAAGGUUUGGAUAAAUACAUCUGAUAUUAUAUUGGUUGGCUUAAGAGACUACCAGGAUAACAAGGCUGAUGUUAUUCUAAAGUACAAUGCAGAUGAAGCCAGAAGUCUGAAAGCCUACGGGGAGCUUCCAGAACAUGCUAAAAUCAAUGAAACAGACACAUUUGGUCCUGGAGAUGAUGAUGAAAUCCAGUUUGAUGAUAUUGGAGAUGAUGAAGAAGAUAUUGAUGACAUCUAAUUUGGAACAGAGGUUUACAUUCCGACUUUUUUCCUCCAAGGAUUAUCUGCAUUGAUAUUUUGAUUAUUUUUGGGUGAAGUCCCUUUCUUUUAAGAAGACUGAAAAUUCUCGGUAAAGAGUGUAGUUUGUUACAUCAAAAGGAUUUAUUUUCAAUGUUUGUUUUAAAGUAUUUAUAUUUCUUUAGAAAUGGAUAAUGCUGGAUUAUCACAAAGGUUCAGUGAAACACCACAAAUAUCUCUUCAACAAUUAGAGCUUUUACCUCUGGAUGUAAGUGAGAUACAGUGACGUGGGCUGUAAAAGACUGCAUUUUUCCCUCUUCUGCUUCCAUCACUACAAUUCCACUUAAACUUGUAUUUUGAAAUAAAAAUUGUUAUCCUGUAAUUAUCAUGGAUUUUGAUUAAAUACAGUACCCAGUUCAGAUUAGUAUCAAAUCAGACUAUGCAGUGUCUGUCCUUAUACCCCUUGCCUUGAUGUUAACUUUAAACAGAUUUUGGUAAUAUAAAAGGAAGGCAGAAAUCUGCAUUUAAAUUCAUAUUGCGCGAUGAAUCUGCUUUUCGUGUCUAGUAGCAUGCUGCUAUUUUUAUACUGAUUUUGAUAAUUAAAAACACUCAUUAUUUCAGAGAUGUAAACUUGCCACAGUUAUGGGUAGGGGAGAAGUAAAGGAUAAAAAGUAAGCAGCAUCUCAAAACUGCAGUUGUAUGCAUAGCUCUUCUGUGGUUUAAUACAGUCUGUAGUUGCAGAAGAUGAACACUGGGUGGCACCCAACUUACCAGUGGUACAGAAGUACCGAACAUUAACAGAUGGGUUCGUACUGAAAAAAAAACGAAAAAUAGAUUUUCCCCAAAGUGAAUGCUUAACAUUCUUGAUAUGUUAAACAUGCAGGAUAUUUUUACAUUAUAGAAAAGGUUAUGUUAAGAGUAGAGUUUUAUUUUAAUCUUAAAUUCCAUACAUUAUAAGGUACAACAGUAAAACUUAUGUGAACUUGGAAUUACAGUAUAAAUGAGAAAUUAAAUUUGUGUCAAAUGUAGGAAAAGAAUCUUUUCAUCCCAAGUAGGUCACUGAAAUAAACUAAUGGAAAGAUUCUUCUCCGUCUUCAGCCUGGAGGACUCAGUUAAGCUGAAUAAAGACUAACACCAUCAUGCAAAUAUUAUUUUGUGGUAGCCUUAGUUUCUUUAUCUUCAAUUAUGUAUUUAACAACUAUGAAAGCAGGUUAAUGGAAAAAUUCUUUUUGUGCCAUAAAAAUAUGAUUCUUGACACUUGUAUUGGUUAUACAGUCUUUUUGGUAUGAUGUAAAGUGACUACCCCAAUAGAUAAAAACAAAAUUACUUUAAA